AUGGCGGUGUGUUGGGGGCGGCGCGGCUGCUGUGCGCAGUUGGGCUUGCGCCCCCCUGCGGCGGCGCCGUGCCUUCUUUUCCUUGUCGUCGUCGUCCUCCCUCUGCUGCUCCUCCUUGCUCUUCCAUGCGCCGGCGCCCAGACUGCGGCAGCCCGAAAAGUUGUAAAGGUUGUAGCUUUUCGCUUCAGUUUUCAAAUUCUUGACGAUUUUUCCAGGAACAUCGUUGCGGGGUUAAAUGCCUCGUUGCACUCGCGGAAUUUCAUUGUGGAGGACGAUGUGCGUGUGGAGAUUGUCUUGCAAAACACAACCUUCGCCACUUAUCCGAGUGACCUCUCUGCGGUGUUGAGGGAUAACAAUGAUAUUUACGCCGUCGUUGGUCACUGCGGCGACAGGCUUUUGGAGAAUAUAAAGGGUGCUCUUGCGCAAGAAAACGUCGUCGCUUUUGCCCCGUUCACUGGGUCGAGCGUGGUGCGUGGGUGGAACCCCAACGUGUACUUUUUGCGCGCCGACCCUGGGGCCGAGCUGCUGGCGCUUCUCCGCUACGCCGUGACUGAGCUGCAGGUGCUUCGGCUGGGCUUCAUGUACCUGCAGGACGUCUCUUAUGGCGAUCGCGAGUACGAGCAGGCAGAGCGUGUGCUGUCGGCGAUGGGCUACGCGCUGAGCGGCGUCUUCACCGUGAAGAGCGCAGUGCAAGGUGGCGCCGACCCCACAGAGUUUGACGAUGCGUGGGAGCGGUUUGCUGCGACUCGGCCGCAGGCGGUGAUUGUGUUCGGCUCGCCGAUAGCGGACACCAUGAAAUUCAUUAGGAGGAUGCUGACGGACGCGCGCACCGCCGGCGCGUACCUGCUGGUUCCCUCGGCGUUGCAGGACGUUCUUUUGAGUAAUUGGCGCGCCGUCGUGGAUAAUGGCAGUGCGAAGUUUGUGCCCGGGCAGGUGAUCACGACGGGGACGAACCCGCUGGCGAAGGACGCAAGGUACGACGCCAUCCGGCGCUUCCAGGCGGUGAUGCGGGAGUACCUGAAGAACAGCGGGCAGAGAGACUACAACGACACGGAGCAUUUCCUCAAUAAUGACGGUGACGGGGAGCUGAUGGUUGAUGGGUGGAUUGCCGGCGAGGUGCUGGCGCAGGCGCUGAGUAACCCCAAGUGGGUGAAGGAUCGUAACUCUUUCAAGGCGUCUCUAUUCAACCAACGCCGUUACGUGGUCAACGACCUCGUGAUUGGGGACUUCGGUGGCGAAUGCGAAGGCGCGGCUGCGUCACAGGGCGCCACCUGCCGCUGCAACCAGGGCGGCCGCACGGUGUACAUGAAGCGGUUAGUGCAGGACUACCGUGCCGAAGGUCUGGACGGGGGAACCUUUGUUCUCCCGUUUUCAGAGUGUCAGGCCUCAAACUUAAAGUUGCGGGGAUUUCUCGUAGGAAUUUUUUUUCGUUUGCGGAUAUUCCACGGUUUGCGCGCAUUGUUAUGCAGCUGGAAGUUGCCUUGCAUGACCAAGUAA